CCCAUCUCACAACCCAUGAACGAAUAAGCGUACCUACGAAGCCUGUCAAAAUAGCAUCAUUCAAGCCUAAGUAAUCAAGAAUAAUAAUUCGAGAGAGAGAGAGAGAGAACAGCUGACGACAUAAGUGAUCAACGACGAAGCGAAUACCAAUUGUCGCAUUUACGGUCGACGAGCUCGCUUUCCACAGACUCCGAUGGCACUUGGAAUUUGAUUUGUGGAUUAAGUGAAUUUUGGGGUAGUGAUUAGUCAAAUGAAUUGGAUUAGGUGCUUGAAGAGUUGAAGGGUAGCUCAAGAGAUACGGCGAUAAUGAUCAAUCGACAGAGGCACAACAUAAGUGGUUUCGAGGGAAAUGGAACAGAAUGUAGAGAAUGGUCUGAUCUUCCCGUCAAUGUUUUAGAUGUAAUUGCUGCAAGACUUGAUGCUCUUGACCAAAUAUACUUUCGUGCUGUUUGUAAGAAUUGGGGACAAACUCGGCGCUUUCCAGUUAAUAAGACACUUCCAUGGCUAUUGGAACACUGUUGGGGUUUUGAUGAGAAUGUCUAUAGUGUAUGUAGCUUCCAUCGCCCAUCUGCCAACCCUAGUCACGUCCCUUACAGCAAAAUCGAGAGAGAAGAGUUCAAGGUUUUACAUGGCGCAGCCAUCUGUGCUUCGAAAUUUGGUUGGUUGCUUUUACAGAAAUCUAGCUUGUCGUUUUUCUACAAUCCCUACACCAAGAGUAUAAUCAAACUACCUGAUCUCAACCUCAGCUUCAAUCGAACUACAUUCUCCUCGGUUCCAACUUCUCCAGAUUGUUUCUGUUUUGCCAUACAAAGUUCCAAAAACGACCACAGGAUUUACCUAAGCAUAUGUCAUCCUGGUGACCGUGAAUGGAGCACACUCAUAUUAGAUGGUUUUAGAAGGGCAGUUGAGGAUGUGGUUUACAGUAAUGGAACUUUUUAUUGUGUCUUUACCAGAGGAGCGUUGGGGGCCUUUCGUGUUGCAGACCAACAUUGGAGUUUGCUGACGAAUAGGAAACCGAUUGCCAGGGCCUUGUUCCAGUCGAGGGCUCAUAUGGUUGCCUCUAAUGGGGAGCUCUGGUUGGUUUGUCCUUCUAAGGGCUUCGAAGUAUUCAGAUUUGAUUGGUCAGUCAUGACCUGGGUGCAGGCAAAUACAUUGGGAAGUCAAGCAUUAUUUCUCGGCUGUACCUCGCUGUCAGUUUCAGCUGAAGGAGAAACUUCAGGUUUUGCGGAGAGGAUUUAUUACCGUUAUGGCAUUUACAGUUACUGCUAUUCGAUGGAGACUAAGCAGCGUUGUCGAUGUACAUUAUAUCCGCGGGAUGCUAAUGGCGGGACUGAAAGAGUUUGGAUCCAACCUCCUGAGAUUUAGGUCCAAAUUGUUUAGACCCCAAUCUAUGAAACAGGUUUGACUUUAGCCGUGUAGCCACAUAGCCAUCUUUCUUUGAUGGCAUUGUGAAAUAGAACAUAAUUUGCUCUUUGAUUUUGAAGUUUGAAAAACUUACUAAGUACUACUUAGGGAACUUGUUUGAAUUCUAUCACUAUGAAGUAGAACGUUGUUUGCUUUUAGAA